AUGGCGUUUACCAUUGCCACUCAGCCUACUACCCCUUAUGAGGGACAGAAGCCCGGGACCUCGGGCCUAAGGAAGAAGGUCACGGUCUUCCAACAGCCGAAUUACUUGGCGAAUUUCGUUCAGGCAACCUUCAAUUCGCUUCCCGCUGACAAGAUCCAGGGCUGCACUCUCGUGGUUUCCGGUGACGGUCGGUACUAUUCCAAGGACGCGGUUCAGAUUAUCGCCAAGAUCGCAGCCGGCAAUGGAGUUCGCCGGAUCUGGGUGGGUCAGGACAGCCUCCUCUCCACGCCAGCCGUGUCUGGAAUCAUCCGCGAUCGCGUUGGCAUCCAGGGGGACAAGGCGUAUGGAGCGUUCAUUCUCACAGCGAGCCACAACCCCGGUGGGCCGCACGAGGACUUUGGCAUCAAGUACAACUGCGAGAACGGAGGGCCGGCUCCUGAGGGCCUGACCAACCAGAUCUACCAGCACACCACCACCAUCUCCGAGCUCAAGAUCGCUGAAGGGCUCCCCGAGGUGGACAUCAGCACCAUCGGGCUGCAGUCCUUUGACGGCCCGAAUGGCAAGUUCGAGGUGGAGGUGUUUGACUCUGCUGAGGACUACAUCAAACUCAUGAAGACCAUCUUUGACUUUGAAGCCAUUCGGGGGCUCCUUAAGAACCCCAAGUUCGCAUUCCUGUUGGACGGGCUGCACGGCGUGGCGGGAGCAUACGCGGAGAAGCUGUUUGUGCGCGAGCUGGGAGUGCCAGCCUCGUCCCUCGUCAACUGCGUGCCAAAGGAGGACUUUGGUGGUGGCCACCCCGACCCCAACCUGACGUACGCGCAUGACCUGGUGGAGGCCAUGGGGCUGGGCAAGCACCAGCCUGCUCAGGAGCCGCCUGAAUUCGGUGCUGCCUGUGACGGGGACGCUGAUCGCAACAUGGUUCUGGGCAAGAGGUUCUUCGUGACGCCGUCUGACUCGGUGGCCAUCAUAGCAGCCAACGCGGAGGCCAGCAUCCCCUACUUCAAGGGCGGGCUCAAGGGCGUUGCCAGGAGCAUGCCCACGUCCGCUGCUCUGGAUGUUGUCGCCAAGGAACUCGGUCUCAAGUUCUUCGAGGUGCCGACAGGGUGGAAGUUUUUCGGCAACCUUAUGGAUGCGGGCAUGUGCUCUGUCUGCGGUGAAGAGAGCUUCGGCACAGGGUCGGACCACAUUAGGGAGAAGGAUGGCAUGUGGGCUAUCCUAGCGUGGCUCUCCAUCCUGGCUAACCGGAACAGCAGCAGCAGCGAGGGGCAGCUGGUGACUGUGGAGGAGAUAGUGCGGCAGCACUGGGCCAAGUAUGGCCGGCACUUCUACACCCGAUAUGACUAUGAGGGAGUGGAUGCAGAGGGUGCAAAGAAGAUCAUGGCUAAUCUUGUCGCCAGCCAAGCAGACAUCGCUGCACUCAACACGGCCAUCAAGGCAGCGAACAGCGCAGCAGCGGACGUGGUGAGGGGGGACGAGUUUGAGUACAAGGACCCCGUCGAUGGCUCUGUCUCCAGCCACCAGGGAAUUCGGUUCUUCUUUGCUGAUGGCUCCAGACUGAUCUUCCGCCUGUCGGGCACGGGGUCAGUGGGGGCAACCGUCCGUGUGUACAUUGAGCAGUAUGUGGCAGAUAGCUCCAAGAUCGAUGGCAACCCGGCUGAUGUGCUUGCUCCCCUGGUUGAUGUGGCUAUUAAGGUCUCCAAGAUCGAGGAAUUUACUGGCCGUACUGCACCUACCGUUAUCACCUAA